AUGUGCUACAAGGACAUGUGCUACAAGGUCAUGUGCUACAAGAUCCUGUGCUUCAAGGCCCUGUUCUACAAGAUCCUGAGCUACAAGGUCCUGUGCUACAAGGUCCUGUGCUACAAGGUCCUAUUCUACAAGGUCAUGUGCAACAAGGUCCUGUGCUACAAGGUCAUGUGCUACAAGGUCAUGUGCUACAAGAUCCUGUGCUUCAAGGCCCUGUUCUACAAUAUCCUGAGCUACAAGGUCAUGUGCAACAAGGUCCUGUGCUACAAGUUCCUGUGCUUCAAGGUCCUGUGCCACAAGUUCCUGUGCUACAAGGACAUGUGCUACAAGGUCCUGUGCUACAAGGUCCUGUACUACAAUUUCAUGUUAUACAAGGUCCUGUGUUACAAUGUCCUGUGCUACAGGUCUUGUGCUACAAGGUCCUGUGCUACAAGGUCCUGUGCUUUAAUAUCCUGUGCUACAAGGUCAUGUGCUACAAGGUCUUGUGCUACAAGGUCCUGUGCUACAAGGUCAUGUGUUAUAAGGGCCUGUGCUACAAAGUCCUGUGCUAACAUAUCCUGUGCUACAAGGUUCUGUGCUCAAAGUUCUUUGCUACAAGGUCCUGUGCUGCAAAGUCCUGUGCAACAAGAUCCAAUGCUACAAGGUCCUGUGCAACAAGAUCCUGUGCUACAAGGUCCUGUGCUACAAGGUCCUGUGCAACAAGGUCUUGUGCUGCAAGGUCCUGUGCAACAAGAUCCUGUGCAACAAGGUCAUGUACUACAUGGUCCCAUGCUACAAGAUCCUGUGCUACAAGGUUCUGUGCUCAAGGUUCUUUGCUACAAGGUCCUGUGCUACAAGGUCCUGUGCAACAAGGUCUUGUGCUGCAAGGUCCUGUGCAACAAGAUCCUGUGCAACAAGGUCAUGUACUACACGGCCCCGUGCUACAAGAUCCUGUGCUACAAGGUUCUGUGUUCAAGGUUCUUUGCUACAAGGUCAUGUGCUACAAGGCCAUGUGCUACAAGGUCCUGUGCUAAAAGGUCCUGUGCUACAAGGUCUUGUGCUACAAGGCCAUGUGCUACAAGGUCCUAUGCAACAAUGUCCUGUGCUACAAGGUCCUGUGCUACAAGAUCAGGUGUUACAAGGUCCUGUGCUACAUGGUCAUGUGCUACAAGGUCCUGUGCUACAAAGUCCUGUGCUACAAAGUUCUGUGCUCAGGUUCUUUGCUACAAGGUCAUGUGCUACAAGGUCCUAUGCUACAAGGUCCUGCACUACAAGGUCAAGUGCUACAAGGUCAUGUGCUACAAGGCUUUGUGUUGCAAGGCCAUGUGUUUCACGGUCUUGCGCUACAAGGUCCUGUGCUACCAGAACAUGUGUUACAAUGUCAUGUGCAACAAGGUCCCUUGCUACAAGGUCAUGUGCUACAAGGUCAUGUGCUAG